AGGGACAAAAACAUUCCAAUUUCACUGCUGCGAUUUCACUUUCACAAAACAAAUUAAGGCUGCGCAAGGUAAACAAACACAACACACAACACACAAACACACAAAAGGAACAGGUGCAGCAGGCGUGUGAGUGGACUGCCAAAUUUUCCAGUUUACAAAGCAAACACUAUGGCGACGGCAAAUGGUGAUGCGGAUUUCGGGGACUCCUCGCCAGCGUCCUUGAAAAUCGCACCGAAGGACUAUGCGUAUCCACUGCUGGAGGAUCCGCAACGGACCCUCGCCACGCCCACCGAAGGCGGCCAGACGCUGGGCAUCCGCGGUGGCUUCAGCUACUUCCACUACGGCUGCGAUGGCCACCAGGAUGCAGGCUGGGGCUGUGGCUACCGCACCCUGCAGUCGGCCAUUUCGUGGGUCAACCGGCGACGCGGUGGCUUAGAGCCGGUGCCCUCCAUUCCGGAGAUCCAGCAGAUCCUGGUGGCCCUCGGGGACAAGGGACCCCGAUUCCAGGGCUCCCGCGACUGGAUCGGCACUCUGGAGGAGUUCUACGUGAUCGAUGUGCUCUACCAGCUGCCCUGUCGCAUUCUGCACGCCACGGAGCUGGGUUCACCGGAGGUGCUCGCCCAGAUUCGCAGCUAUUUCGAGAAGCAUCAGGGUUUCAUCGCCAUGGGCGGACUGACGGACACGGCCUCCAAGGCCAUUGUGGGCUACCAUUCCAGCGCCGAGGGUCGCAUCUUCUUGCUGAUAGUGGAUCCCCAUUUCGAGGGGGUGCCCAGCUCCCGGCAGCAGUUAGUCGAUGAGGGCUACGUCCGUUGGACACCCGUCGACGAGUUUCCCGCCAGCACGUACAACCUCUGCCUCAUUUUGCAGCCGUAGAGGCCACUUUUCGUUUCUAUUCUAGCAAUAAAACCAGCUGAGCACA